GAGGAGGAGAUAGGCCAUAGUGUCCCAGGCGUGAUGUCCCCGGUGUCCCAGGUGUGCCGGGCUCCGCCUCCGGGGCUGGAAUGCGGAAGCGGUGGGAGGAGGAGCCCGGAGAGAACUAGCGGGGAGACUCCUGGAGAGUGAGAGCCCGGCGGGACACUGGGGUGGGGGGGCAACCGGGGAGACGAAGCCUGCAGUCUCGGGGAGGAUUAGAGCGCAGCCCCGGACACGUGGAGCACAUCGCGCAUCACACACGGACACUGGUCCAGGGAGCCGCCGCCCGAAUUGGAAUUGUGCAGCCGAUGCAUCAGCCUGGGAGCCUCAGUGCCACCAUGCCCCCCACCAUCUGAAACAUGUCUGCUCAGACCGCCCUCCCGCCAGACCAUGACCCCUUGCCCCCUAUUCCAGAACCGGGCGCUUUAGAGCCCAAGAAGAAAAAGCACAAACCUGGCACCCUGCGGCGGGCACUAAGCUGGCUACGUGGGCGCAAAAAGAAAAAGUCAGAGGCCAAGCUGCAGGAGAGCAAAGAUAACUCCAAACCUGAUGGCAAUCCCCAACCAAUUCCAGCUCAGGAAAAUGAAUCUGCUGACAAUACGUUCUUCCCCAUCGCACGAACACCUCUUCUUGAAGAGAUUCACAACCAGGCUCAGGAGGGGCUCAAGUCUCUGCAGAGGAGAGAAAAACAGCAAAACAAGCAUCCCUCCCAGGAAGAGGACAAGACCUCGGAGCCCACACCUGAAACAAAUGAUGGCGGUUUCCGUACUCGCUCUCUCUCCUGCGCCACGGAAAAUACAGAUGAUACAUUGUCAACUCGGUCCGAGAUGAUCCAGCGCAAAGGCUCCACAUUUAAGCCUCAUGACUCACCCAGAACUCCUUCAACCAGGACAGGACGGAGACGUAAGGAGAAGAGAGCUACAGUGGUGGGAGUUCCACAGCACAUUGCAGCAGAGCUGGGUCUCCAUUCCUCUUCAUCACACCGUGGCAUCCACGAGCUCUUCCCCAGAGGAAAAAUUAAGCCAAGUGAAAAGGUUGCAGCAAUUCCCAUGGCGAAUGGGGUUCAAGGAGAAAAGGAAGAAUUUGUGGUUAUUCCUACAGUAGAUGGAAAGCCUGUUCCGGCACCACACAGUGGAGCCUACAUUUCACUGGCUGCUCUAGAACAGACAGAAGCUGCUUUGCAAAGACACAUAGACAAGGUUUAUCGAGAUGACAGUUGCAUUGGUCGGAAGUCUAACCACAAGAUAUCUCCCCUGCUCCUUCGCCCCAAAUCUCUUGCUGUCCCUGGCAUGACUACGCAUUCACCUCAGAGUGAUCUUGUGAGUCCCGUCAUGUCCAUAUCACCCCAAGCCACAUACAUGUCUAAGAUUAUACCAAAUGCAGUUCUUCCUCCGAUGGUUGAUGUGGUGGCCUUGAGUCGCUCCAGUGUUCGAACUCUGAGCAGAUGCAGUCUUGCUACAGCUAGCCCAGCUUCAAUUCGUGGUUCUUUGCAUAGAGGGAGGGGGAUGUCUUCCUCUAGUGACACAUGGAGCCGUUCCCAAUCCACAGAAACUAUAGUAUCUGACUCUUCCACCAUCUCCUCCAGAGGUGGUGAGAACAUGCUAGAAGCUGAAACACACGAAUCUGGAUUAAGCACUGGCAGAACAUCUCCUGCCCCCAGCACAGGCACCCAAGAUGGCUCGGAUGCAGCCAGCAUGUGUAGCGGUCGUUCAUCUGUACGUAGCGUUUCACUGCGAAAAAGAAAAAAGGCUCCUCCACCUCCUAAACGCACCUAUUCUUUGCAACAGCAGAGAGACAUGGGGCUUCCUCCCAGGCCAGAUAAAAAGUCCACAACCAAGAUUAGCAGUGCUCGAGACCCUUGGGUACCACGCACAGACAAAGUAGAAAAUGAUGUAUUUUUACCUUCUUUGGCUGGACCAAAAGUAAGCUCCCCUAGUCGGUCAGAUCGAACUUUAUCACCAUCAAGUGGCUACUCCAGCCAGAGUGGAACACCGACCAUGCCUGUUAGAGCUCUGCUAGAGUCUCCAGGUUCACGCAGAAAAACUCCACCCAAACCAGAGAGAACCAGCCUCAAGUCUGCAUCAUCAGUGAGCGCAUCUUCUACUACAGAGAAUGAUUCCCCUCUUAUCAGUCCCCAAAGAGCUGGUUCUUCUACGGGAGACAAAGAAGAACAAGAUCUAAUUCCCCCACAUCCAAAUGUGCCUGCCCCUUCUUGUCCCCCACCUAACAAAGCGAUUGACUUGGUUGUGACACCAGCUGCAACUCCAAAUCCAUCACCACCACCAUCUCAUCAUCCCACACCUCCACCUGCCAGAAAGUCAGAGUCAGACACUGACAUUACACCAUUGACAGUUGGGAAGGCUUCUCAAAAAGAUUCCUUGUGGCCGCCUCCUCCACCAGAAACUUCUGAUGUUCAGGAUUUAUCCAUGGCAGAUUUCCCUCCUCCUGAUGAACUCUUUUUACCUCCACCCCCAUCCUUAGAGUCAGUGUGUGGGGGUCUUACAAGUUCAGACAGUGUCACUCUCAACAAUGAUAAAAUGGAUGUAAUGCAAGUAGAAAUGCCCCUGUUAACACCCAAAAAUGAAAAGUCUUUGAACAUUGUUGGGGAUCCACAACCUGAAUCUGUGCCUUCAACUUCUAUAAAGCCUCCAGAUAGCAUUAUACAUGCCACUGUUACAGAGAUACCAUCUACAUCUGUGCCUCAUAUAGCCCAAGAGAUUGCAGAGCCUGUUGUGCCUCCCUCUACAGAGCAUAUGGUGGUGCCUCUCGCUACAGAUUCUUCACUUCCUACUGCUGUAACUUCAAUCAUUUAUAAGCCACAUGUUGACACCACAUCAACCACUGAACUCAAAGAAACACUUGAAGCCACUGUGCCACAAACAGCUACAGGGAAUACAUCUGUAACCACUACAGAGUCAAAAGAUUCCACUACAUGUUUGGUACAAACUGUGUCAUCUUCUGUGGAAUCAUCUGCGUCUACUGUGUCAUCAUCCGUUGUUACUACUAACAUAAUCCUUCCUCAAGCACCAGGCUCACCCCGUCCCAAGUCAAAUGUGUGGAAGCCAGCCAUUGAACCUAGAAAGCAGUCAGCAAACUAUCAGACCACUGCAGCUGUACACAAAGAAGAUGCAAGCUUGCCAAUAGUAACACCAUCCUUGCUGCAGAUGGUUCGUUUGCGAUCUGUACAAGCCAGGGGCCCACAAAUUCCAUUAUCUCAUCACCUAUCUGGACUUCCGGCCCCCCAAAAACCUGUUCGCAAGUCUCUGUCUCUAAGAUCCCCUCAGGGGUCUGACUCCUCCCCAGUAGAAAGCCCCACAGCACCACAUCACUCUCCGCACAAACCACCAGAUUCCCCUUCGGCACACAGAACACCAGCUUCUGCUGCUAGCUUUGUAUUUGCUCGAGGAUCCAAGAAGUUUGUGUUUGACCCUCCUGCAUCUCAAGAGGCUGAAUCCUCAUUGAAGAGGAAUUUGGUGGCAGAGCUCAAAUCACAUGGGGGACCUCGCAGCCCAGAUGGGAAACCCCCACUACAGAGGAAACCUAGCAAGAUUCCUCCACCUGUAGCAAGAAAGCCAUCAGUAGGGAUACCCCGGACUCCUACGAGCCCUGCAAACUCUACAGUGGGCACGAAUGACAGUGUGUUCACACCCUGUGAUCCCACAACAGCUGAGACUAAUGCAAUGGUGACCCAGGCAGGACAGGAGAAACACAAAAGCCAGCUGGAACAAGCAUAAUCAAGUCAUGUUGAAUAUUCAGGGUUCUGCCUUCUCAGGGACACCUCGGUGAUGCUCUGCUAAACCUUUCAUGAACUACUGGACUCCAAGAUUCGCCUUAAAUAUGUAUAGUCUUGGUAUUUAAACAACAACUGGUGUUGGUUCUCAUCUUAGUUAAUCUUUACUGUGUGAUUGUUGGACUACUGUAAAUGGUUCUAACUGAAGUACUGUGGUUGGAGUGCCAUCUGAUGGAAAGAGAAUAUCUUGCAGUCUGCAUCAUGGUAACUCUUGGUACUGCACCCUUGAACUGAAUUCAGUGCACAAAGCUGUAUUUUGGUGUAAAUUUUAUUUAAAAGUAAAAAGUACCUGCGGAAGCAGGUAGGACAGCUCUGUGGCUCAUAGGUGUAUAAAUAGAUGUCAUGCCUGCUGAUUUAGUACUCUUUGCAACCUAUAAAUGCUGGUGUUAGACUUAGAAUACUGCACAAAUAAAAACAAAAUCAGCACUUCUUUAUAAUACUGCAGGAUUUAACCCUGUUGUAUUAGGACAAUCCUUUCAGGCUUAGAGCUAUUUUGGCAAUCUAAAACUAAGCUAAUUUCUUAAUUAUCUGUACUGAAAAUAAAUUUUUUAAACUUUUAUAUGUGUUUAGCAAAACUGCGAAAUUAACCUAUUAUAAACCUUCUAAAGACAUGCCCUAGUGAUCACAUUAACUACUGAAUCCAGUCUAAACUGUACAAGUACAUAGUGGUGCAGGGGUAAUGGUGUGCACACACGGUGAGAUAUAUUCUUACGAUUUUGACUAUAUAGUCAAAGUCGUAAGAAAAGUUAGUGCAGAUCGCAAUGUGAAAGUCACCUUGCGAUCCUGAUACGCGGUCCCGCGCGGUCGGCAUCUCAAGCCUAGAUAGACUGUGCAGGCAAGUCAAUGUUUACUAUCUCGUAGAAAAGAACACUUGGCCAAAAUCGCACAGUCAGUAUCGCAAGCACAGUCAUUAUGUGCUUGCGAUGCCGACCUAGCCCCUGUCGCAUAGUGAGUAUCGGGGUUAGCCCGAAUCUCAGUGUGUAUGCACCUUAAGGUUUUUAAUCUUUAAAAGCACAUUAUAAGAAAGCAGCCUUAUCAGCUUGCAUCUGCAGCAUUCCAAUCCCACGUCUCCUUGUUCUGCUAUACAUGGCAAUUAAGAGACUUGUAUUAUAUAAAAAGGUAAAGCACAAUAAACUAUCCUGAUGGUUAAGUUACAUCUAAUAAGGACCCAUAUAUCCUUUCUAUUUAACCAUUUUGUAAUGCCUCAUGUAUUUGUUAUAGCAUUGAAUAUGCACCUUAUGGUUCAGUGUUAAGUUUCAAAGCACACUAUGGGUUAAUUGCUUUUUGCAAAUAGUAGCUUAAUGCAGAGAUCAGUGUAAAGCUGGCCACACAUCUAAAAGAUUAUUUCCAACACACUGGUUGGAACUAAAUCCAGAAAUGUAUGGAAGCAAAUGACAAUCGGUGGUUGUUUCCAAAUACCAGAAAACAAACAAAUGACCAUUUAGACAAGUUGGUUUAAUCAAUGUGAUUUAAUCAAGCUGCCUGAAGAACUGUUUUCCAGCAUUUGAGCACAAACGGGCAAUUGACAUUUGCUCACUUACAAUACCAGAUUUAAAUUUCCAACAGUGAACUAGUUUUUAGAUGCAUGACCAGCAUCCAUGUCCUGCUGAUCUAGAAGACACUUUAAUAAUCAAAUAGCAAUCCACUGUAUGUAUUGCAGGCAUGCUAUCAUUAUAAAUUACAUGGAAAUUAAGUCGUAAACAUCUCUUCUACUUAAGUGUACAGCAGGGAGGUCAAUGAUAUGCUAUACUUCAAUAACCAGAUUUAGUAAGAACACAAAAUUAGAAUUCUUGUGUGUAAAUUGCCAACAGUUGUACAAGCUUGAAGCACACCAGAGGGUUGCGGUUAAAUACAGAUCACCACACUGCCUUAAAGCUUAAACUGCCUUCACCUGUGUGCGCAGCUAGCACGCUGCAUAGCAAGAUUUACAAGUAACCUUUAUAUAGUUGUAUAGGUUUCCUGAAUCAUAUCCUGCUUCCAUUCUGCGUACAUUUAUAUUGGCACAUACAAAUCCCACCUUGCUAGCACCCUAUAUUCCUAAACAUUGGUUUGAAAGGUUUUCUAUUGGUACUGUAUUUAACCACUGCUCUCGGGAGUGUCAGUCUUAGCUGCAUUGUGGUACAUUUAAGGGUGGGGCUGUAGCCACCUCUUAAUUGCAAAUGUAAUGGUUUCUGUAUGAACAAAAUAAAUGAGUUUGUUGUGAAUAUAAUACAUACACAGAACUUUUCAGUCCCCAGCCCCCAUAUUAGAGACCAAAUUGAAGUUCUGCUUUUAGUGAUUAUAUAUAUUUGUCAUAGGCUUUGACUGAAAUCUGUAUGAAAUAAGCAAUCUUUUUAUAAAUGCUGUUACAAAA